AUGAUUGCUUUCGUAAAGGGAAUCGACCCUGAGAUACCCGAAAAUCGAAUAACCGAAGCAUUAAAUAAAGUUGGUCUUGAUGUUAUCAAUGUUACUCGAUUAAACCGAAAAGAUGACAAUACGCCUACAAGCACAAUUAAAGUAACAUUUAAGGAUGCAAACAAUCCAAACACAUUUAUCCACACUGGACUACAAGCGGAUUCGAUGCACUUUAAUGCUGAAGCUGCUCCACAAAAUAAAAACAGCCCAACAACUACAACACCAUUAUUACAUGAUAGCAAUGAAUUUCCUUCAUUACCAAACAUGUAUCAACGUCAACAAGCAAGAUGGAAAAAAAUCAUUGAAGAAACAACCAAAAGAUUAUUUAAAUCACUGCAACAGAAGAUUAAAACAAUCGAACAAACUAUUUCAUCAGUUGAAACCUUAAUCAACGACGAUGCAAUAUCAUCAUCAUCAUUAUCGGAUAGUGAUGAAGAUAUCCAAAUAGUUAAUGCAAAAAACAAAAACAACCUACAACAGCCACAAAACCAAACGAAACCACCAACGACUAUAAAUAAAAAUAAAACAUCAACACAAUCAUCUACUACGGUUAAUGAUAGUAUAAAAAAGCCAACACCUAACCGAAAGCCAACACCUAACCGAAAGCCAACAGCAAAAACAUCCAAAAGAAAUCGAUCUCUUGACAGUUCAUUAGACUCGACGAGUGAACGACCGUUCUCUCUUCUGGGUUACAACAUCUUCAGACAUGACCGAGUAGGAAAAUCUGGUGGUGGAGUAUUAUUAGCAGUCAAAGAACUCAUUAAAUGUCGAGAAAUUAUCAAUAAAACAACACACAAGAACGAAAUAAUAGCAGUUCAAAUUGAAACGCUAUUAUACAAAUCGAUACUGAUAUCUUCAAUCUAUGUUCCACCAACAGCUAAGAUUGGUAUGAAUAUAUUCCAAGAUCUAUACAACAUCAACAACAACUGCAUUAUUGUAGGUGAUCGCAACGCAACAUUAUAUGAAAUUGGAUCAGCAAACACAGAUGCCAGAGGAAAACAGCUUCAAGAAUUACUAAAGGAACAUCUCAUUGAAUAUGUCGACGAUGGUAGUACAACAUUCGAAAAAGAAUGA